AUGGGGACGCUACAAGAACGAAAAGAUAUUCCACCGUGGGUGAAAGCUCCCGAAGACUUGAAAGAUCCCGAGGUGUUGCAGGUCCAGACGCAGCUCUUGGAGGCUUUGUUUGGCCCAGCGGGAUCUCGAAUCCCGUACAUCGAGCAAGUGAGCAAAGUCAUGCUCGAGCUAAAGGUUCUGGAAUCCUCGGACCUCACGGAGGUCGUGGUUUAUGGCUCUUACUUGCACAAGCUCAGGGCCAGGUGGAUGCUCCAGUCCAUGGCCGAAUGGCACCGCCAGCGACAGGAACGAGGGAUGCUCAAACUUGAGGAUGCCAUGAAAGCCCUAGAGCUAGGUCCUUGGAUGAAGUGAAGCCAGUUUGCAACCCGCGUACCUGGAAUCAGGAUUUAAAGAGUAAACUCUGUCUCCAGAGGUGGAAUGCAUGUGGUCUGUUUGAAAUUCUGCUCCAGUCUGACAAGGAAAAAACAGCUGAUUUUUGGGUCUCCGCCUUUGUCUCAGUCCUAAUGUGGCUUUUC